GAAGCGGAGGGUGGGGACACUCUGGCCCCGCUCUCGGUGGUGCGGGGAGCGGGAGGGAGCAGCGGCCGCUCUGGUCGGCGGACGUGCUGCCGAGCAGUCCCGGAAGCGAAGGAGCGAUGGCGGAGAGUCCGACUGAGGAGGCGGCGACGGCAGGCGCCGGGGCGGCGGGCCCCGGGGCGAGCGGCGUCGCCGGUGUUGUUGGCGUUAGCGGCGGCGGCGGGUUCGGGCCGCCUUUCCUGCCGGAUGUGUGGGCGGCGGCGGCGGCAGCGGGCGGGGCCGGGGGGCCAGGGAGCGGCCUGGCUCCGCUGCCCGGGCUCCCGCCCUCGGCCGCUGCCCACGGGGCCGCGCUGCUUAGCCACUGGGACCCCACACUCAGCUCCGACUGGGACGGCGAGCGAACCGCGCCGCAGUGUCUACUCCGGAUCAAGCGGGAUAUCAUGUCCAUUUAUAAGGAGCCUCCUCCAGGAAUGUUCGUUGUACCUGAUACUGUUGACAUGACUAAGAUUCAUGCAUUGAUCACAGGCCCAUUUGACACUCCUUAUGAAGGGGGUUUCUUCCUGUUCGUGUUUCGGUGUCCGCCCGACUAUCCCAUCCACCCACCUCGGGUCAAACUGAUGACAACGGGCAAUAACACAGUGAGGUUUAACCCCAACUUCUACCGCAAUGGGAAAGUCUGCUUGAGUAUUCUAGGUACAUGGACUGGCCCUGCCUGGAGCCCAGCCCAGAGCAUCUCUUCCGUGCUCAUCUCCAUCCAGUCCCUGAUGACUGAGAACCCUUAUCACAAUGAACCUGGCUUUGAGCAGGAGAGACAUCCAGGAGACAGCAAAAAUUACAAUGAAUGUAUUCGGCAUGAGACCAUCAGAGUGGCGGUCUGUGACAUGAUGGAAGGAAAGUGUCCCUGCCCUGAACCCCUACGAGGGGUGAUGGAGAAGUCCUUCCUGGAGUAUUAUGACUUCUACGAGGUGGCCUGCAAAGAUCGUCUGCACCUUCAAGGCCAGACUAUGCAGGACCCUUUUGGAGAGAAGCGGGGCCACUUUGACUACCAGUCCCUCUUGAUGCGCCUGGGACUGAUUCGUCAGAAAGUGCUGGAGAGGCUCCAUAAUGAGAACGCCGAAAUGGACUCUGAUAGCAGCUCGUCUGGGACAGAGACAGACCUGCACGGGAGCCUGAGGGUUUAGACCCUGCUCCCCUCUCCCCUCCCCCCACUCGAGAGUCCCAGCAAAGUCCCUUCCCCCCACCCCAGGGAUGGAGAGGCACUUGUGUAUCUCCCUCCAAAUGUGACAUCAUCCCGCAAGAUGGCAAGAACCAAGCAAGCUUGGAUCCCAGGGUGUGGAAGUGGGGAGGCUGUUCCCGAUCUGACCUCCUUGGCUCUCGAGCAUCUGGGGCUGUGUUCAUCCCAUAUCAGGGGCCAAGGUACCUAUGCAGGAGCACCUAGGGCGAGGGCCUCUGGCAAAAACAAAACAACCAACACACCUCUCCACAGGGCCAGCUCCUUAGGGACAGGUGGAGACAGAAAUUGCAAUUCCUAGAGGGAGUGUGCCCAAAUGAUUUAUGGGGAUAUCUGGAAGGGAGCUUGGGGUGGGGGGCUGUCUGUGACACUUAAGCAGUCUGGGUGGUUGUCUGUCUGUCUGUCUUCAGUUUUGAAGCAGGGCUUCCCAAUGCCCUUUUCCUCCCUGCCUCUUUACCCCCAUCAUUUCCCACAGGCCAGCAUAAUUUUGUUUUUCCUAAUUUAUAGUCACUGUUCUAGACAGACCAAAGAGAAGGAACAGUGGUGGAGUCUAGGCUGCUGAUGAGUAAGCUUUACCUAGCACCUGAGCACCUUUCUCCUCUGCCCCCCCUUCCCUCACCCAUUCUAGAUUUAAGACAGAAGGUAAAUGUGACUGGGCCUGAACCAAGGUCUUGGUAAAGCCUGCACAGGCACCAUAAGAAGCUGAAUUGCCGUUUGUUCCCGCAAUCACCGAUUUGAAAAGUUCCCAAUGCAGACAACUGUUGUGUGUAUGGGAUUAGAGCCACUACAUAGAACAGUCUCUUACAGAUUUUUCAUAAAUACUAGUCACAAUGAGGGUAUUACUCCUGGGGGUGGGGUACAGGGGGGAGGCUGAUGCUAGUCCUAUUGUAUUUUGUUUGGCUGUCCUUGUGUGUUUUCACCUCAGCCUGUAGUCCCCCUCCUCACUUCAAGGCCCAGGGAGGGGGCUUCCGUGGUGGCGCAGUGGUUGAGAGUCCGCCUGCCGAUGCAGGGGACACGGGUUCAUGCCCCGGUCCGGGAGGAUCCCACAUGCCGCGGAGUGGCUGGGCCCGUGAGCCAUGGCCAUUGAGCCUGCAUGUCCAGAGCCUGUGCUCCGCAACGGGAGAGGCCACAACAGUGAGAGGCCCGUGUACCAGUUUAAAAAAAAAAAAAAAAAAAGGCCCAGGGAGUUGUGGGGAGCAAGGGUGGCCAAUGGCAGAGGGGAUUGGGGCUGGGACUCUGUGAAGACUCCUCUCCUUCUCUCCCCCCCCACCCCCAACUGCUCUUUGUCACUGACUCUGAUGGGUGUUUGCCUGGCUGUGUCGCUUCUCUAUUUAGCUGCAGUGAUCCUUUAUCUGGUUGGCUCAGAAAAAUGUACUUUAGGUGCCCUGUGACACUGGGCAUCAAGGGAACCCAUCCUUCCCCUUUUUGAUGUGUUCUCCUGUACUUUCCAGAUUCUUACUGAUAGGUCUCCCAGUGGGGUAUUGGUGAUCCACAUGACACAGGGCCUCAGUCAGUAUCCAGCCACAUGUAAGGGAGAGGAUAACUUGUACCUGCUCUGCCCGCUGCUAGAGAGGCCUCUGCCUCGUGGGUCAUGAGACUUCCUGGGGAAGUUGGGAAGGGGGUUGGGCACAAAGGAGAAUGUCCUACUUGGGAGGGCAGGAAGCAAAGGAACUGGACAGGAAGUGGGCUUGGGGGACAGAAGUAUAGCUUGGAAACCUGAAGGCUGGGCCUCUUCACAAGAAGACUCAAGAAGGGGCCCUGCUUCCAAUUUCCCUCUUCCAUUCCCAGAGCUAGUACAGGGCUUGGAAGAAUGCCCUUGGUCUGUUGGUCCAGUGUUACCUGUCAUACAUUUAAGUGUUCCCACUUUCAAGUGACAAUCCUCUCCUUGGUCCUGCCAUGGGCAGAGCAUGUCUGGCGUACUAGCCUGACUUUUACGUCCUAAUCUUGAGUUGAGGAAAUAUAUGCACAGGAGUCAAAGAGAUGUCUUUAUAUCUGACUGUACAUAAAUGAAGUUUUUUGUUUUUUUUUUUUUCUUUUUGGUGCAAUAAAGUUUGUUUUGGCAGAA